ACAGAACCACUCAGGUUGACAGCCACGUGCGUUUCACUCCUCCUGUGUUGUUGCUUUGCUACAAAAUGCUGCGCUUCCUGUUGCUGUUCAGUCGGCAGGGGAAGCUGCGACUGCAGAAAUGGUUCACACCGUGUUCGGAGCGGGAGAAGAAGAAGGUGAUCCGGGACAUGAUGACGUUAGUGUUGCCUCGGCCGCCGCGGACGUGCAACUUCCUCCACUGGAAGGACCUGAAGAUCGUUUACAAAAGGUAUGCCAGUCUGUAUUUCUGCACUGGUUUGGAGGAUCAGGAUAAUGAACUGCUUGCGCUUGAAGUUCUGCACAGAUACGUUGAGCUGCUGGAUAAAUACUUUGGCAAUGUGUGUGAGCUGGACAUCAUUUUUAACUUUGAGAAGGCCUACUUCAUCCUGGACGAGUUCCUGAUGGGCGGAGAAGUUUUAGAAACGUCCAGAUUUGCUGUGGGUGUGUCCAUGGAGGAGUCAGACACUCUGCAGGAGAGGGAUGACAUUGAAGGGGGAACCUUACUUGAAAUCAGCUGUUCCAAGGACAGCGAGAUGGGCUCGAACACAGCUAAACAUGGAGACAGCAUGGCUCAUGACGAGUCAGAGUGUGACAAAGGCUGUGCCUUUGUCUAA